GAGUAGGGUCCCAUCAAGAAGGAUGAUGCUGGAGGCCGCAUCAAGGGACACCAUCGAAGAACCUUCGCAUCACCUUGAGGGAAGGAUCCUUCCCUUUGCAUACAUAAAUAGCUAUUGGCUCCACCGGCCAAACAAUAUGUGAUUGAAACGCUCAUGGCGGCUCCUUUGGGCUUCACUGAGAUGUCCUACCCUUCUUUCUUCCUUGAAGAUAGCCCUGCUGGAGUUCCUGGCUGUUACUUCUUUCCUGUCGAGGUCUCCGAUGAGUCGAUGCUCGGAGUUUGCAACGGUGUAGCCACCGAUGAAGCCCUGUUCGAGGACUCAUUGCUCGCCGGUGAUCUCAAUACGCUGGUUAGUAGUGAUUGCAGCCUAAAUGCGCCAACAACUGGACUGGUGAUGAAUUGCGGGAAUGAUAUGAAGAGAAUGAAAGUGGAUGCGGGAUGUAGGAUUGGAUUUAGAACAAAGUCUGAUGUCGAUAUCUUAGAUGAUGGCUUCAAGUGGAGGAAGUAUGGGAAGAAGUCCGUGAAGAACAGCCCAAAUCCAAGAAACUACUACCGGUGCUCCCAUGAGGGCUGUGCAGUGAAGAAGAGAGUGGAAAGAGACCCACAAGACUCCAGCUAUGUGAUCACAACGUACGAAGGGGUGCACAACCAUGCGAGCCCGAGCACUGUUCGUUACGAAGAAUUUGGCCUUCAUCAGGCCAAAACCUCGGCGUGGGAAUCAUAUGCCCAGCUUCCCUUGGUGGUUCCAAACGUGUAUAGGAUGCAGGCUGCUCACUCUUCUUACUGAUUCGAAGUAGUUUCCUUCAUGCUUUGUUGAGCCCAAGCAAUUGUAAUGCAGAGAGAUGGUUAAAUUCUUGGCAGACCUGCCCUCUGUGCGCCUGUUUCGGCGGGUGAGUGCACUUCCACACGAGUGCGAGUGCGCGCGUUUGUGAAGCAAGCGAUGGGCGAUUGUAUUGUCUCUUAUUGGGAUCCAUGCUUAAAAUUUCUUACUCAUGGAUUCUUAUGUUUUUUUCUUAUCUUUUCGCUAGAGGCUUAGUGGCCUUUUCCAUUCACCAUGAUAAAAAGAAAUUGAAGGAUAUUCCAAGCUUUUCUGCUGUUCUCUUUUUA